GGAACUUACACCCCGUGAAGCACUUCUCCAGCAUUGUUUUUCUUGGUUUAGUACUUAUCAGAUUUUUUUUUAAUUGAGGAAGGAAUGUCAUUUGGCUUUAAAAAACAUUAUAAAACUUUAUAAACAGAUAAACAACCCUAAAGGCUGGAAUACACAACAGAUUUUGCUCUCGAUUUGCAGUCUAGAUUAAGUCAGAGCCAGUUUGCAGAUUUUGGCCAGUCAGAGUUGACUGAUAUCACAGAAUAUCGCACAUGUUUCCGUGUGAAUUUGCUGUUUAUAGAAUAACUAGAAAAGUCUGGUAGUCUGUGACCCUCAGCUAUUUAGUGUAUGAUAUCAAACAAAGUCAGUAAAUGGUGCCUAGAGUUUUAAAAUCUGUAAUAGCUUCUGUUUUGUAGACAGCCUUCACUAUAAUUUACACUGAAAGAGAUGUUUUAAUUAAUAUAAUAAAAGAUUCUCUUCAUAACACAGGCUGGCUAGACUUUCAAAAAAAUGUUUUAAAAUAAAACAAUUCUAGUUUCAGAUGCGAGUUCAUUUGAAGGAAACUGGUUUGACAGCUUUGGCUAAACAGUCGCCAUGACCAGUGGAAGGAAACAAGUCUAGCUGGAAAGACCUUAAAAACCACCCCCAUUUUCUUUUUGUAUACAGACAUACGUGAGCGUUACAUAUGACAAUACAGAGACAUAGCUAACGGCUGCUAUAACGGCAACUACUUCCUACAUUCAUUCCUCUAACGCAAGAAGUGAAGAGACAUGGUGUCCACAGGACGUCAAAUCUUGGGCAUCUGCCUGGCUAUGAUCGGCUUCUUGGGAAGCAUCGUCAUUUGUGGCUUGCCCAACUGGAAGGUGACAGCAUUCAUCGGAGCCAACAUUGUGACCUCGCAGACCAUUUGGGAAGGUUUAUGGAUGAACUGUGUGGUUCAGAGCACAGGACAGAUGCAGUGUAAGAUCUAUGAUUCUCUGCUGGCUCUUCCUCAAGAUCUGCAGGGCGCCAGAGCCUUGGUGAUCAUCGCCAUCAUCGCUGGGGUGUUUGGAAUCCUCCUGUGUCUCGUGGGAGGAAAGUGCACCAACUUCGUGGAAGACGAGGCGUCUAAAGCAAAGGUUGCUAUCGCCAGCGGCGUCAUCCUCAUCAUCGCUGGAAUUCUUGUCCUCAUUCCCGUCUGCUGGACUGCGAAUACCAUAAUCAGGGACUUCUACAACCCUUUGUUGGUGGACAGCCAGAGGAGGGAGCUCGGGGAAUCACUUUACAUUGGCUGGGCUUCAGCCGGCUUGCUUUUCCUGGGUGGAGGUCUCCUCUGUAGCUCUUGCCCACCGAGUGAGGAUGUUCCCCAUAAUGUGAAGUAUUCUCAAGCAAAAUCUGUGGACAGCAGCAAAGCCUAUGUAUAAAAAGUGAGAUCACCUAAACAAAUAUGUUGAAGAGGAACUGAUUUACACAGUAAGAAUCUCAAAUAAAAAAUGUAAUUUCGUCAAAUGAAUGAAGAUAAUUAGGAAAAAAGGAGUAUUGGAAUGUGCAUUGCCACAAAAUAUAAAUACAUUACGUGAUCAUAUUUUUUCAUUGUAUAUUAAUUAAAAAAAGUCUGCUGAAACAUUCAUUAAUAGGGGUGAUUCUGUCACUUUCAUCACCGUUCUUUCCUUAAGACCUACAUUGCCCCAUGCCGGGGUUUUGUACUGACAUUUAAACUAAUGUCAAUGAAAAGCUUCUAGUAACAUGUAACCUAGAAAAAUCAUGUGUAUUUGGCAACAAAUGGUAUUGUGUAUUCAAAAUAUUUUUGUUUAGACUUUCAUUCAAUAUAAUUGCCAAUAUAUUAUACACUACUGUUCAAAAGUUUGGGGUGGGUAAGAUUUUUUGAUGUUUUUGAAAGAUGUCUCUUAAGCUCACCAACUGUUUUCUAUUUUAAAUCUAUUUUAUCAAUAUUGAAAACUGCUGAUCUGUUUAAUAUUUUUGUGGAAACCAUGAUACUUUUUUUCAGCAUUCGUUCAAAAAAACAGCAAAAGAAUCAAUUACUUAAAAUCUUACUGACCCCAAACUUUUAAAUGGUACUGUAAUAAUAUAAAUUUUUUCAUUUCAUCAUUCUAUAUUAAAAAUGUAUAUCAAGCAUGCUUUAGUUGCAGCCAAUCUGUUUUUAUUUGCAGUCAUCAAUCUAUGUAAUUAUCCAGAGGGUUAUUUUUCAUAGUUUUACCUCAUAUUAUAGUUAGGAACCAUUAUCCAUAUGACAUGUAGCAAUGUGUACUUAAUAAAAAAUAUAACUGAA